GGUCUCAAAUUUUCAUUUAUUCCCCGUUCAGGCUCCCCCGGCAUGCCAGUCUGCGCCUUUUGAAGUGCCAGAGAGCUCCUUGAUCCAACCGAAAGAAGAACUCGCUCCAAAACGCAGCAGUACAGAGAGAGCCUUCUCCCAUAAAGAGUGAACCGAGAAAGCUUACUCACAUGUACAUCUGUUAGACAUCAUCUUUUCUGUAGCCUUUAGUCAUUCAUGCUUUCGAGUCAACAGGAGUGAGCAGAAGAACUUCCCCGAAGAUGUUUUAAGAUCCCGGGGCGAGGCGUUUCUUACCGAGUGGCGUGUGAGUGAGUGUACGGGAGAUCGCUUGUGUGGACAGGGCACUGAAGGCAAGAGCUCUCUUGUUUACCAAACUGCAAAAAAACACUCGCGUUGGGUCUGUGUUUCUACCCCUCGUGAUCUGCAAGUUCAAGAAAACGCCGAGAGCAUUUCAAAGCGCCAUUCCAUCUGGAUCUGUACAACUUUGAGCUCUUGAGUGUUUUAUUAAGAAACGAAACGGACUGAUUGCUUGUUUUGGAGGUGCAGCUGGUGCUUUUUGUACGUGAGGAAUUAAUUUUGGGGGCUCGUCUUAUUAUUACUUCAGUAUUCUGUUUGCGUCAUGACUUCUAGUUAUGCACAUGUAAUGGACAGACAAGCUUCGAUAUCUAGCCGCUUGGAGAGUCCGAUUACGGCUAAUCUGGAAAACCUACAGGCUAAAAAGAACUUCUCAGUGAGUCACCUGUUGGACCUGGAGGAGGCAGGGGAGAUGGUAGGCACACAAUCGGAGGAGAGUGCCGGAGAAGCUGGCAGGAGUAUGCUUGAGUCUCCGGGGCUGACGAGCGGGAGCGACACCACGCAGCAGGAAAAUGAUCAGCUGAACGCAGAGGAGAAGAAGAAGAGAAAACAGCGACGAAACAGGACCACUUUCAACAGUGGCCAGCUGCAGGCUCUGGAGAGGGUGUUCGAACGGACACACUACCCUGACGCAUUCGUACGCGAAGACUUAGCUCGCAGAGUGAAUCUUACUGAGGCUCGGGUCCAGGUGUGGUUUCAGAACAGAAGAGCUAAGUUCCGUAGGAACGAGAGGGCCAUGCUCGCCAGUAAAAACGCCUCUCUCCUGAAGACCUACUCUGGGGAUGUGACAGCCGUGGAGCAGCCUAUUGUACCUCGUCCAGCCCCGAGACCCAAUGACUAUCUGUCCUGGGGUCCCACCUCACCCUACAGCUGGUAUCCAAGUCCGGAAGGAGUGCCAGUGCGAGUAUCACAGAAAAUGCUGCCUUCAGAAUUGCCAUGGCUACCUACCCACCCACAUGCGCCAACACCAAUACCACCCAGGGAAUGAACAUGGCAAAUAGCAUCGCUAACCUCCGCCUGAAAGCAAAGGAGUACAGCUUAAACCAGGUGCCCACAGUCAACUGAUGAGACCGAGAAACGUUUUGGCACCAAGGGACUAUUGCUCCACCAGUUUUCACAGAGAAGAUGCUCCCCUGUACUUGCCCAGCGCACAACCCAGUUUGAGGCUGUGUAAAGAAAUAACAUCUCUUGGGAAUUACAAUCAGAUAUUCCUCUU